UCCAAUUCCAAUUUCUUCUCUCAAAGAUCCAAUUUUUCAUACAAAUUCUAUACUGAAAUCGAAAACCCAGAUAGUAAUUUACAUGCAAGGACAACAAGCGGCGGCUAUGAGUUUUCCGGCCGGCGAUUUACCCAUGUAUUGCCGGAGUUCAAGUUUCGGUAGACUUAUCCCAUGUUUAACCGAUACUUGGGGUGAUUUGCCGUUAAAAGUUGACGAUUCAGAAGAUAUGGUCAUAUAUGGGAUCCUCCGUGACGCCUUGAACACCGGCUGGACGCCGUUAAGUUUAACAGCGACGGCGCCGGAUGUUAUUAAACCCGAGCCAAUUGAAGAAUUAAUGGAGCCCUGUACAAUCUCGCAUGCUUUGUGGAAGGAUGAUAAGAUAACGCAAACGCAAACGCCGGAGAAGACGAUGGAGGUGGCGGCGACGGCGGCGGUGGUGAAGAAGGGAAGGCAUUACAGAGGUGUAAGACAGCGGCCGUGGGGGAAAUUUGCGGCGGAGAUAAGAGAUCCGGCUAAGAAAGGAGCUAGGGUAUGGCUUGGGACUUAUGAGACGGCUGAGGAAGCCGCGAUGGCUUAUGACCGAGCCGCUUAUAGGAUGCGUGGCUCAAGGGCACUGCUAAAUUUUCCUCAUAGGAUCGCGUUGAACGAUCCGGAGCCGAUUAGGAUAUUGGGGAAACGCCGAGCCACUGAGUCGGCUUCAUCGGCUUCUGAAGGUGGAUCUGUGAAGAGGAGUAAGGAGGAGUCGACGGCUGAAGGAGCCGAGCCGAAGAUAGAAGAGAGUUUUUCUAAUGGUGGAUGAUAGAUGAGAUUAAUAAUGAAAGCUGGCAAGCAAUGAUUGGAUGUGAUAAAUGAGCUGUCAGUGUAAUUUAUUAAAAUGGUCCUCUGAAAUUUGUCUCUGUUUCGAAGAGACCCUUGGUUUUAUGGAAUGUGUAUUUAUCAA